AUGUCGGGUGGAUAUCUCGGAGAAUUCGGUGUGAAUGUUAAGGAUUUACGAAAACCGUACUAUAAUAAAGAAGAACCGUUCCUAUUGGAAGAAAAUUUACCAUCAAGAAAUCCGUUUGAACUUUUUGAUAUAUGGUUCAAAAAUGCUGCAGAAAAUAAGGAUGUGACAUUUGAAGAAGUUAAUGCUGUUUGCCUUUCAACUGUUUUUAAUAAUCAACCCAAGUCACGAAUGGUUUUAAUGAAAGAGUAUGACAGAGAAGGUCUGUGCUUCUACACACACUAUAAUAGUGCCAAAGGAAUACAAAUCGAUAAAAAUCCUUAUGCUUCCAUGCUGUUUUACUGGCCUCAUGUUGAUCGACAAAUUCGAAUGGAGGGAAAACUUGAGAAAUUGCCUCUUGAAGCAGCAGAAGCUUAUUGGUAUCAACGGCCAUUGAAAAGUCGCAUUGGUUCAAAAGUCAGCGAACAAAGCAAGGUUAUUUCAAAUAGACAGUAUCUAGAAGACAGGAAAGAGAAGCUCGAAAAGCUUGUUGCUGAAGAAGGUGAAAAAACAGUCACUAGACCGGAUGACUGGGGUGGUUAUAGAUUGCGUCCAAACUAUUUCGAAUUUUGGCAAGGUCAGUCUGAUCGAAUACACGAUCGUAUUGCAUUUGAAAAAAAAGAGAAUGAAAUGGAAUGGUUAAUUAAACGUCUUUCGCCGUGA